AUGCAGGAUGUGACAGGAGAGGAAGAGCUCGCAGUGAGUCUCAAUGGGGAGUCUCAGUGUCUACAGUUUACUUCCAUUGGGGCAGACUCCAGGAAGCACACGGUGGUCUUUGGUCCCCUACCUUCACUUUUCAACAACAACUGGCACCUGAUACUACUGGAUGUUAGAAAGGACUCAGUCUCCCUGCUGGUUGACUGUGUUCUGAUUGGCACCCUGGAUAUUCCUCCAAGACAUAAAGUCAGCAUGGAUGGCUUCACCAUGAUAGGAAAACUCCAGGAUAAUCCAGUUUUGGCAGUUCCAUUUGAACUCCAGUCCAUGUUGAUCCACUGUGAUGUGGCCCAAGCCCGAACCGGAGCCUGCAUUGAUCUCUCAGCCACGACCCAGUUGGAUUGUUUUGUCGGGGGCUCCUUCAGCCCAACAAAGCCCACGGUCAGGAGUACAGCAUUUACCUUUCCAGUCCACGGGGAGAUGAUGGCACGGGGCCCCGGCUUACGAGGGCCGCUUUUAGCGCUCCUUCUGCAACUUGUGCUCAUCUGCUCUGCGCAAAGAAGUCCAGGCCCCCCUGGACCUGCAGGUGUUCCGGGAAUUGACGGCAUUGAUGGGGAAAGGGGCGUAUAUGGGGAAGAUGGACCACCAGGGCCCGAUGGUGAUGCUGGUAAACCCGGCUCUACUGGAUUACCUGGACUUCCUGGAAAUGAUGGACUUACUGGCCCUGUCGGAGAUCCCGGACCUGAUGGCCCCAUUGGACAGAAAGGUGAACCUGGAAAAUCUGGGCCUCGUGGAUCAGCUGGCGUUGGGCCUGAUGGACCCCCCGGACCACCUGGGCCUGGAGGAUUAGCAGGGGAAGUCGGAAAAGUCGGACCACCUGGAGCCAUGGGAGUGAGAGGGCCAGCUGGACCUCGUGGACCACAGGGACCCAGAGGAGCAGCUGGGGCCUUGGGCAGUACUGACAUGUGUCCAAAUUCUUGCCCACCGGGAAUGACAGGGCACCCUGGACUCCCUGGCAUGAAGGGUCACAAAGGUGUAAAGGGUGAAGCAGGGGAACCUGGAAAACAAGGCCACAAGGGAGAGGAAGGAGAGCAGGGGAUCCCAGGGGAGGUUGGAGCCCAAGGACCAACAGGUCCUCAGGGAAUCCGCGGAGCCACUGGGAUGUUGGGGCCCAAGGGAGAGAUGGGAGCGCGAGGUCUCGAUGGAGAUCCAGGUCUACAGGGAGUCGCCGGAGCAACUGGAGAUCAAGGUCAGAGGGGCGUGAUGGGUGAGGCAGGUCCUAAAGGUGAAGGGGGUGUCCAAGGGCCAAGAGGAAUAACAGGGGUGCCAGGCCCUAAAGGAGAGGGUGGUCUUCCUGGGGUUGAUGGCCGUGAAGGUAUUCCUGGGAUGCCUGGAGCAAAGGGGGUCGUUGGGAAGGCCGGAGCUCCGGGAGACGUGGGGGUUCAGGGAUUUCCUGGGUUGCCUGGUGUUCCAGGACCAAAAGGAUUGGGUGGUCCUAAGGGAGAUUCAGGAGAACCUGGACUCCCUGGAACAAUGGGCUCUGCAGGAAAAACUGGAGAGCGAGGGGAUCAGGGAGAGGUGGGGCCUCUUGGACCCAUCGGUGGACCUGGAGAUAUUGGAGAACAAGGUCCUACAGGUCCUGCUGGCAAACACGGGGCCAGGGGACCAAAAGGUGACCCCGGACUGCCAGGUCUCCCCGGUCCCCCAGGUCUUCCUGGAAUAAAAGGAGAGAGGGGAGAGCGUGGUGAUGGUGGUCCUAAGGGAGAACAGGGAUCUCAAGGUGAUGAAGGAACUGCAGGAGACAAAGGAGAUGUUGGUGAUGCAGGGGAGCCAGGGGCUAAAGGAGAGGUCGGUACCCCUGGUGAGCCCGGCAAAAGAGGUCCAGAGGGAAGUCGAGGUCAGCCUGGAAUCGAGGGACCUGCCGGUUCACCCGGGCCAAGGGGCAUGCAGGGCAACAGGGGUCUACCAGGGUCCAGAGGAUCCCAGGGGCCAGCGGGCAAAGAACCAAGUGAUCAGCACAUCAAGCAAGUUUGUAUGCGCGUCAUGCAAGAACAGUUGGCUCAGUUGGCUGCCAGUUUGCGAAGACCGGAGUCAGGUGUUGCUGGUUUACCUGGCAAACCUGGACCCCCUGGACCUCCUGGACCUCCCGGCGACAAUGGCUUCCCCGGACAUGCUGGGGCCCGAGGACUGCCUGGUCUAAAGGGUCCACCAGGGGCAUUAGGCAACAAAGGGCCAAAGGGUGAAUUGGGUGACAGAGGAGCCCGAGGGCCUCCAGUCCGUGGACCUAAGGGUCAGCCGGGACCACCUGGUCUUCCUGGUGAGGCUGGUAAACCUGGAUAUGGUCGGGAUGGGCGUGAUGGGCAGCGAGGCCCCCCUGGAGUCCCGGGACAGUCUGGUGUACCUGGAUUACCUGGAGCAGCUGGACCUAAUGGAUACUGUGAUCCAUCAGCUUGCAAUCUUCAAGCCGGUGCUGCCCAGCAGGGCCUGGACGUAAAGGGACCUGCAGGAAACUAA